UUUGACUAAUCUAAGACAAAGAAUAAGGAAAUUUACAUACAUAUUUACUAUAUAUGUAUAUAAUAUAUUAUUUAUAUAUAUGAAAAAAAUCCCUAUGCAUUUAAUCGAAUUCGAACGCGCCGAAAUCCGAUCCCUAAAAUCCAUUUUCACCGGGGGCCUUCUAGGCCUCAAUUCAAAUAGUGCGUUUUUGCGUCACGUGACGCUUAAUUAGCCAAUCGUAUUGUAUAACGAUAUCACGUGACCUGACCCUGAGUCUCUUAACAGUUUUGUUUUAAAGCGUCGAAAAUCCAGAUCUGUUGGUAAAAAUAUCGAGGUUGGCGUAGCCGUAUACUUUUUCCAAUAAGCGGUCUUGAAAUCGUAGACGCUUUUCUAAAUAGAGUAAUUCGAUCUCCGGCGUCAGCGGGCGUCGUCUUCAUUGAUUUUUUUCCCAGUUUGUUUCAGAUAGUGUAUCUAUUUAUUUAUUAAAUCCUUUAAUCCUUUCAAAUAAUUCUAGAAGAAAACAAAUUAAGAUAUAAGUAUUCUCUAGUACGAACACAAUCCCGAAACUAGAGCAGAGGUGACAAAUUAAUUUAUCAUGAAAGUGAACUUUUUUCAGUUUACGAAGACACCAUGCUAACAAAACAAAGGGAUGAACUGUUCAAUAGCUGCAAUAUAUAUUUAAUCGAUUCUUCCAAUCUACUAAAAAUUCAUUUAAUACCUAUAUUAUUUUAUUACUUUCCUUUCAACAUUUCCGUUUCCUCCUUUCCAAAUUAUUUUCCGGUUGAAUAUUGUAUAAAGAAUUUACUUCAGAAAGAAAAUGCUUGCAACUUUUGCUACUAUCUCAAUUCUAUUAUUCUCUUUUUCUAUCCAUCUUUUUCUGGAAUAAAUCCCUGGCACGUAUAUACGAAUAUAUAUGUAUAUACAGUAUAUACUGUACCUGCAAUCGCUCUUUCUCUCUCUCUCUCUCUCGGUCUCAUUACUAUCUCAUUUCUCUUCGUCCUUAUUUUAAUGUAUGAUAGCUUAUUUGCUCUGUUAUUCCAUUCAGAUAAGUCAGCUAGCUACUAAAUUUCAUUUGCUAUUAAAGAAUCAUUUUCCUAGUAAACUCUUUCCUUACAUUGUCAACAAAAGUUAGGUCAUUCUUGUUUUUACUUGUUUGGGCUUUAAAAAAGAGGCAGGAAUAAAACAGAAUCUUUAGGCGAUAACGAGAAUUUUCUCUUAUUCAGGUCGAACACGUAAGAAUUCAGAUGAUGACCGCGUUAGGCGAACGAAAAGUUGUGAUUGGUGCCAUAGAGCCAAAUCGGCCCAUUGCAAAGUUGAUUUAUGUGAUGGACAAUUGCAAUUUUGCUCUGAAUCUUGCCUAAAUCAAUAUAAAAUGAACAUAUUUUGUCGUGAAACAGAAGAACAUUUAAAUUCGGCCAAAGAGGAUAAAGCUGAACCGCAAAAGGACGAUAGAAUUAUUAUUACUCCGGAAUUAUGGAAUAGAACCGCUUCAAAUGCAAAAGGUUCGUCACGAAAGAGAGAAGCAAGUUCAGAAAGGAAUAGUAAAGUUCUAGCCGAGAAACGUGCCAGACUGACCGAUCGAGAAUAUAUAAGAAGACUAAAGAUGCGUGAUCAAGAUAUGCAUACACCACUUCCGACUAUUAAGCCGAAAGAAGGACAAAAACAAGAAAUUAGGACCCUCCCUGUUCUACCAGCACCUCCACCUCUUCCACUUCCACUUCCUCCCCCACCUCCUAUUAUACCAGCGAGUACACUACUUGUACCUAUGCCAUUUCUCUUCCCGAUUCCAGUUCCAAUACCUAUACCUAUACCGUCGGAAGCCUUCAAAAAUCUAAUUGAAAAACAUACAGAGCGGCGUAAAUCAGUUUCAACAACUUCGGAAGGAUCAGAGAAAAUAAGAUGCGCAUGCUGCGAACCUGAAGAAGAAGUUCGAGAAACACCAGAGGGCGUCAUAGAUCUAAGUAAACGAUCAAAUACAAAUUCCGUUUCCGAUCAAGACCAUCGAGUUUAUUCAGCAAGGAGAGCAAUGAUUUUAGAUGCUCCUCAAGAAAGAAGAAACGAUUUAGAUGGAUCGAGCUCGAAUAAGGGAACACCUAUUAAAUGAUAACUGUGCAAAUUCUUUUUUCGACAGUUUUGCGGUUUAUAGUGUUGUUCGUUGCUGUUGUGCUGCAAAAUUAUUGUGCCAUAUUGCAGUUAAACGUAUAUUACGUAAUGUAACAUAAAAAAGAGCAAACAUUGUAUCUAUACCUAUACAAAAGUACACCUAUAUAUGAAUUUUACGUAUUCAUAAAUAGAGACAUAAAAUAUGAUAGAUAAUGAAUGAAAUAAAUUAUAUUAAUAUGCAUUCACGCAGACAAACUGCAAACAAACAAACAACAACACAUGCAUACUUACAAACUUACUUACAUACAAACAUACGUAUUUUAUAUACUUGUACGAAUAAUGAAAAACACCAAAAAACUCUUGUAAAAGCAUGUAACAUACGUAUAAUUUUUUGGCCCUAGCAGAGUUAACAAUAUAAAAAA